CAAACCAUCACAUGUUGACGGUCGAGUUUGCUGCUUAUAGCUUGUGACUUAAAAUCUAACAAUACUCCUAGCCAUUACAACGUGCUGCUGAGCCACAAAAUUUUUCGAACACCAAGGAUGAAUUUCUUCUCCAUUGCUGUGCUGUUGCUGGCGCUUGGGGCGGUCGUGAAUGCUGAUAUGUUUGGUUCUGGUGGAGCUUUCAAGAAGAAGUUUCCUGGGGCCAAGCCCAUGACUUUAAACCAGUACAUGGAGAUUCAUAAGCAGAACAUUGGUCGGCCAAGUCCCACAAGGCCAAACAGCAACUGGAUGUUUGACACACCUUCCGUCGUAGCAAACAACCGCGUUGUUUCCAACCGCAAUCCCCCAACUACAAGCAGCACGAGAAUCUCCAGGCCACGUUCUGAGGAACGAGAUUUCUCUCGGGAGGACGACUGAGUUUUCGAACAGCCUACACGAGCAGCCUAUGCGAACAGCCAAUACGAACAGCCAGUACGAACAGCCUAUACGAACAGCCAAUACGAACAGCCAAUACGAACAGAAAUACGAACAGCCAAUACGAACAGCCAACACGAACAGCCUGUCUGACUACGUCAGCGUAUAAGACCUGCUUAUUUUGCGGCCUUUCUGAUUGCUCGAACCUAAACUACCAGCCUUUUCCACCGCUCCCACCUUCAAAAACACUCCAUUUAACGACUUGUACAAUUACGGCUAGCCCAUCUCGCAGCCUACCUGACUGCCAGCUUGACAGUAAAUAUGGUAUCCUAUUUGACCUAUAGAACCUUAAUAAGAUAGCGAAGGGCUUGUCGUGUUGACGCGUUAAGUAGUCUUCGUAUAUUGGUUGACAUUUUUUUAUACACUUGAGUAGUUUUUCGUGUACGGCAAGAAAAGUUAUUUAUUUAUUAACAAAAUUUUAGUUUUCAA